CACGGCGCACAACGCGCGGAACGGAAGGAGAGAGAAUCCGCGGAACGCGCCGCGCCACUUUCGCGGUCGCGAAAACAGUCGGCGAGCGAGCAGCGGCCCAAACAGCUGAUACAAGUUUCCGCGGUGCCGUUCCGUUUCUCUCGCGCGCGCGCGAGCCACAUGUCCGCCGCCGCGCCGCGGCCGCGCUGAAACGGUGUAAUCGCGUAUCCCGCGUGCGUCCACCCUGAGCGUGCGGCGCGUACGCGCGCUGAGAGUCGAGGGGGCACACGUGCACGUGGGCACGCCGCGGCGCCGGGCGACUCUCAGAGUCUCAGGGGCCCAGGCUCCGUGUUUCACCCCCCCCCCUCCCCCGUUCCGGGGUCGCGUACGAUGAGCGGCGGCCGGCGAUAACCGGUCGUGAAGCACCCUCGCCGUUCGCGCCGUCACUCGUCAUUGCCGCCCGUCGCCGUUUACCCGCGUGGAAAACAUGGCCGAUCGCGAUAGCGCGUCCGAGAGCGACUCCAGCUCGAUCGACGGCGGGCCGAUCAUGAUGCCGCCGUCGCCGGUGACGCGCGAGCAGCUGCAGAAGCGCAUCGAGUCCCUGCAGCAGCACAACCGCGUGCUCAAGGUCGAGCUCGAGACGUACAAGCUGCGGGUCAAGGCGCUGCAGGAGGAGAACCGCGGCCUGCGCCAGGCGUCUGUCAUCAUUCAAGCGAAAGCCGAGCAAGAGGAGGAAUUCAUAAGCAACACGCUGCUGAAGAAGAUCCAGGCUCUGAAGAAGGAGAAGGAGACUCUGGCCCACCACUACGAGCAGGAGGAGGAGUGUCUUACCAAUGACUUGUCGAGGAAGCUGAAUCAACUGCGGCAGGAGAAGUGCCGGCUCGAGCAGACGCUGGAGCAGGAGCAGGAGUGCUUGGUGAACAAGCUGAUGAGGAAGAUCGAGAAGCUGGAGGCGGAGACGCUUGCCAAGCAGAGCAAUCUGGAGCAGCUGCGGCGCGAGAAAGUCGAGCUGGAGAACACUCUGGAGCAGGAGCAGGAGGCGCUGGUGAACAAGCUGUGGAAGCGAAUGGACAAGCUCGAGGCCGAGAAGCGGAUGCUGCAGAUCAAGCUGGACCAGCCCGUCUCGGACCCUACCUCGCCUAGAGAGAUCAACAACGGUGACACCGCCACAAACCUGAGCACGCACAUUCAGACUCUGAGAAGCGAGGUUGCACGAUUGAAGCACACCUUGCUCAUCUCGCAGCAAGAACAUACGGAAAAAAUGAAGCGGUACGUCAACGAGGAGAAGCAGAUACGCGAGGAGAAUCUGAGACUGCAGAGAAAGCUGCAGCUAGAGGUGGAGCGUCGCGAGGCCUUGUGCAGACACCUCUCGGAGUCGGAGUCCAGACAUGAUUUUCGCAGCUUGGAGAUGGAAGAGGAACGGCACUACAACGAAAUUGUCAUGUCCGGGGGGAACAUAAGGACCCGCACGGUGUCCAGUCCUGUGCCCUACAAUCCUUCGCCUAGUUCCUCGAGGCCACUAAGCCCUGGUGUUAACGUACUAGGUUCCACCUCCAGAGAAGGCUUCAGCGCGAAUCGGUGCUACGCCUGCGGCCAGCCGACUGCCCCUCCAUUCGCGAGCUCAUCGCCUCCUUCUGGGGGACACAUUGUGGCAUCGUCCAGCAGACGCACCUCGGACCGCUUCGUCAAGCCGGCGAUUCCGCCCACUAUCGUGAGUCCCGGCGGGCCGCCGACCAUCGCUCCCAAUCCUACGGCGAACCCCGUAUCUGCGCCUCAUUCAGGUUCACCGAUGGACAUCGCGAAAACAUAAGUCGCCAAGUUGAGGAGAGGGCUCUCCACAGAAACCCCUUUUAUAUAGUCGCGCGCAAGGUACUUCUCCAAACGGUGCGUUCCAACUAAGAGAUAUGCGGGGAAGUCGGCCGCACGUUCGGCCCGUGACACCGGCCGUCGGCGCUUUUUCUUCUCGGAUGUUUCCGUUUGUAACUACUACUUCAGCUCUAAUGUGUAACACUACGGGCUACGGGAGAAGGAAGACAGAGAGAGGGAAACGUGAUUAUUUCUGGAAAAGGGCAGAUAUAGAGUUAAACAACGCAGUCGCGAAAGCGUCUCGCCUCUUGGUCACGGGAUGAUCUUUUUCGUCAUCUUGCUCCUUUCCUCUCGUAUGACGCCUGAAAUGUCAUUCAGACCGAGCUCUUUGUCGUACUACGCAAUUAAUAUCGUUUGAGUGUUCUACGUAAGAAAAUGAAAAAAAAAAUGAAACAUUGACAUGUUGCUUCCAUGUUCCAAGUAACCAUAGUAUAAAUAUUGAACGCGAAUGCUGAACAGACGCCUACACGGCAUACUUGCGGAUAUUAUUGUAAUCUUAUUGUGCGUUUAAGAACGUAAACGAAAGUAACUAGGGUGUAGUGUCGCUGUGUUCACACACGAUUUAACGGGUGUUGUAUUUGUUUAGCUUCGAGCCUGAGUAAUCACAUAGCGCGUGCGAGUACUGGUAGAGGCGGAAGCAUAACUCUAGAGGAGAGGUUUCGAUUAGUUCCUUCAAAGGGGAGAUUGUCUGAUUUGGAAAGAGAAAAGAAAAGGGAAUACGUAAUCGGGGUAGAGUCAGAUUCCGGGGAGAUCUCAGCGAUCGCCGGGACUACGGUAUCUAAGAAAACUUGGAAUUCGAUAAAUGAGAGAACGUGACAAUUGAAGGCCCUAAAAGUUCCAAGGAUUCAACAGUCCAACGAUCUGAGAAUCUAAAGCAGACUUGCGGAUCUAAAAGAAGAGUGUACGCUCUAAACGCUUAAGUAUAUCUAAGUGUCUAUAUAAGUAUACAUACAAAUACAUAUACAUAAUACU